UGCUUUGGCUGUGGUGUUGGGCAGCGCGGUACUCCCGGUUCUCGAGUCACAGUAUGGAAGUUUGAGGUUCGUGCGAACAAACAGUGUCCACAAUGACGCAAGUGAAAGACGAAUGUUUGUCCGCGGACAAUCAGACGACUCCCACUACCGAGGAUGACGGGGACACUAACGUUACUGAGCCUCUUAGAUCGUCGUCUGCAGGUCUUCAGGAGACCAACUGUUACACGCCGAAGCCCGCCGAGCGUGAAGUAUGGGGCAAGAAGGCGGAUUUCUUGCUGUCUGUGAUAGGAUUUGCCGUUGAUCUAUCAAAUGUUUGGCGAUUUCCGUACCUCUGUUAUGCUUACGGUGGAGGGGCCUUCCUGGUACCAUAUCUGAUCAUGCUUGCCGUGGGUGGCAUUCCUCUGUUUUUCAUGGAACUUGCCUUGGGGCAGUACCACAGAAAGGGGGCCAUCACCUGCUGGGGAAAACUUGUUCCCCUACUCAAAGGUGUCGGUUACACCGUGGUGUUGAUAGCAUUUUACGUGGACUUCUACUACAACGUCAUCAUUGGCUGGGCACUAUACUACUUCGUCGCUUCCUUCUCCGCUGAACUGCCGUGGACGAACUGCAAUAACACGUGGAACACGGCUGACUGCGUCGAGAUGGCCGUCGGGGAGCGGCUGAGUGAUGCCACGAACGACACCCACAUCAGCAACGCCACCUUCCUGCUUGGCAAUCUUUCGGCACCGCAGCGCAAUUACACCACACCUGCUCAAGAAUAUUUCUCGCGCCACCUGCUGGAGCUGCAGUACAGUACUGGCAUCGACGAUCUAGGCAGCGUCAAGUGGGACACUGCUCUCUGCCUUCUCGCCGUCUAUAUCAUCUGUUACUUCAGCCUCUGGAAAGGAAUCUCAACUUCGGGAAAAGUGGUUUGGUUCACUGCCCUGUUCCCGUACUUCGUUCUGUUCAUCUUGCUCAUCCGAGGAACUACCUUACCCGGAGCUGCCCAGGGUAUCGCCUACUACCUCACACCUGACUUCAGCGUGCUCUCCAACCCGAGAGUAUGGAUGGAUGCUGCGACCCAAGUCUUUUUCUCCCUGGGUCCGGGCUUUGGUGUCCUCCUGGCGUUCUCUAGCUACAAUGAAUUUCACAACAAUGUUUACAGAGACGCCCUACUGACUAGUGCAGUCAACAGCGCGACCAGCUUUCUGGCAGGUUUCGUUAUCUUCAGCGUCCUGGGCUACAUGUCUCACCGCACCAACACACCGAUUGAAAAAGUAGCGACCGAAGGUCCCGGGUUGGUUUUCAUCGUGUAUCCGGAAGCGAUCGCUGCCAUGCCUGGUUCCACUUUCUGGGCCAUCAUUUUCUUCCUCAUGCUUCUGACUCUAGGACUCGACAGUUCGUUCGGUGGAUCUGAAGCUAUCAUCACUGGGAUCAGUGACGAGUACCCGAUCGUCAAGAGGAACCGUGAACUCUUUGUUGCUGGUCUCUUCACCCUCUACUUCCUCGUUGGUUUGGCCAGCUGCACCCAGGGCGGAGUGUAUGUCGUGACCCUGUUGGACCGCUAUGCAGCGAGCUACUCCAUCCUCAUCGCCGUAUUCUUUGAAGCGAUCGCCGUAUCCUGGAUUUACGGAAUACGCCGCUUCUCCGAGGACAUCAAGGAAAUGCUCGGUUUUCCCGUAGGCUGCUGGUGGAAGUUUUGCUGGGCAGGCGUUGCUCCCUUCUUUAUACUGAUAAUCAUCACGAGUGGCCUGGUGUACUACGAACGACUGAAGUACAACGACUACGAGUAUCCGUGGAGUGCAGACGCGGUGGGUAUCUGCAUCGCCGCUUCAUCUGUGCUUUGUAUACCAGUCGUCGCCAUCUGGAAACUCAUUAGGACUCCUGGGACCUUACCAGAGCGCUUACGGACCCUGACGACACCCUGGCGGGACACAGAGAAAGAUGUGAAGAAGGACAUCUCGCUGCCCAUCGCUGUGCCGACGCAAGUCUAGCCCAUUCGUAUGCUAUAAACUCGAUUGCAGUGUAUACUACUUCCACAAACCUCCCUUGUAUACAGCUUUUCUACGCUGUGUGCUGUACAAUGAUCUGAAUGUUCACAUGUGUGAGUUCGUUUGCAGUCGUGUUUCUCUCUAUGUGGAAGAAUAAUGCGUUACGGGUAAUGUUACUCGGUAGAGUUACAGUAGAGACAGCGCCAUCUAGAUUCAAGAAGGUCCGAGAGCAUACACGCAGUGUACAGAUCAUAUAGGAGACGCAGGUCCUACAUCUCCUAUAAUACCUAUAUUAUUCCUAUAAAACCUAUAACCCCUGUGGUACCUACACCACUUAUAGGUCCUAUAUCCAAUAACAUCAUAUGAGGAUCUACAUAUAGGAUUUUUCAGUAGGGAAGCGACGUGACGUAGUCAUUAGCAGUCCGCCAAUGACAGCCGCGCUUUCUGUAGUCAUGGAAACGACCCGCCGUCAGCCGAUGAGGGCAUUAGUCCACCAAUCACGAUACCCAGGUGGCAUUCUGUGCCACAGGGCAACUGUGUUUGAAAAUCGUCUGUGGCAGUUGGAUGAACAGCGACAUUAUAUGUUCUAGCAGAAAAGGAAGGAGCAGACCCCUUGAAUCUAGUUGGAGUUCAUAUAGAGUCCAGCAACGUAUACUAAGCUCUUAUUUGUACACAAAUAAUAGUUACGAUAUUGACGUGGUUCGUGAUGCUUUCGCUGUACACCACACGAAUGAUCUGAUACUCAUCUUAAGUGUUCCAGUUGCGCAUUGUCACCACUGUAUGAGCUGUCCCGCUGAAUGUGCCGAGUGACUGAAGAGUAGUGGUGUCAUACAUUCGCUCAAUUAUUUUCGGCAGCAAAUUUGCGUGGUUGAAAUGCAGCGUUGUCUUCAUGUAUUUGCCGUGUACAUUAUGUGACUGACACUUUACGCGGCCGGGGGGCUUUAUGUGCUAAAAUAUUUUGGAAUAUGCACGCACUUACGCGGUGCAAAUAGGCCGCCAACAACACGAGAACACAUGUGAGUGGCAAAGGUGUGUUCUCGGUCUAAUUUAUCAUCGAGGUGAGGUUGUCUUUUUGGGGGCAUUAGCAUUUAUGAGUCGUGAAUGGGAGUAUGGUGGAGAUAUAUAUGUAGUCCGAUUUAUUCUGUGCUUGGCGAAGGUGACUUGUACCCGUUCCUAUUAACCGCAGAUAACGAAAAAUGCGUCACAUUCAUGUAUUGUUUGAAGAUUCCAAGCGUGCGAGCAUAUUCCAGCACAAGUGCUUUGCAUGACGUCCCCGACCUCAUCGAUUUCAACUAUACUUUCACUUUACCAACUUGUGUGAGUGGUGUUUAUUGCUUGCACCACGUGAGAGACCGCGUUUAUGUCUUCAGGAAUCUCACCCAUUCCGUGUGUUCACACGAGCGACAUCCCCAUGGAAUAUUCCAGUGGAAGGAAAAGUCCAAACGGAAGCGGAAGUUCCGCCGCGUCUCAUGUUGACCAAUAUCGGGAGUGGGGUACACAUAGCAGACGACACCAUCGUCUGCUUCGGAGUAUUUUGUGGCUUGGUGGCAGGUUCUCAUGUGUUGUGUGUUUUGAAGUUUUGUGUGUCGUCUGUUGGAAUAUUCUGGAAGAAUGUCGCCUGUGUGCACACACGUUUCAUGUAAUAAGGCUCGGCUACUGCGUGUACUGGCUCGGCUACGGCGUUUGUACUGUAUGUCGAUAGUUUGUAAACGUAAACGUUUUCAGAUGAAUAUAUCAAGUUUUCAUUUUUGUGUAGCCUGGUACCAUAGCCCAGUAUCGAAACUGUACAUAUGUUAAUGUUAUUCGUGAUCGCGUUAUGUUAUUUUUUAGGUGAUCCCUCCAACGUGUAAAAUGCAUUUUGUCCGUGCCUUGGUGAUAUCGUCCUUUUUCGUGAUUUUUUUAAAAUGGGAGGAUUACACCGUUUCAGGGUGUCGCACAGAAAAUUUACGGGUUCGAUUCAAGUUGCGGUGAAUCACUGUUUUCAGGGUGCACUAGUGUAACAAGCGCCGCGUGCCAUUUCGAGGAAGUAGAUACCGAUAUCGUGUAAGGAUGCAUUGCUUUUCCGCGAUACACUCUACCGAGACAUCGCCCAUAUAUAUGUUAAGCGUGAGCCAGCUAGCGAUUAUCGUGCGUGACGCAAAACUGUGCAGAAUGGAAGCUGCACACACUGCCGGUGUGGCCACGUGGUUCCAGGUAUGGGAUAAUAUAUUUCUUGGGUGGUUUCUUUACCACGCUCUCUUGUAUUUCGCUACGAAGUACUCUGCUUUGUGUAUACUAUAAUAGAAAUGGUUUUCACGAAUAUAUAGCCGGUGUCCUGUUGUAAUUGCAUGCAACCCUGCAGUACAGGGUUUCACGUUUGUAACGUGGUGUAAUUUAUGCACGUUGUUUGUAAAUCAUACACUCACAUAAUUUUACACACGUCGGAAGAUCUAUGAAUUCAUUGACUACGUUUUAUUGUUAAGCCUAUUGCGAAUUUCUGAUUUCACGCUAUUUCAUGCCACGUUGGUCACCUUGUUGGCAGUUGCUCUGUUGAACGUUUCUUUGCGUGAUGAAUAUGUGGCAAUGUACUUUUGGUUCAGGAGAAUAAGCACAAAGUGUAAGUUCCUGCGAUCCCAUUGUUACCGUGUACAUAUCUUAUCACUUUGCUCUAAUCUGUAUUAUUUUGCAGAAAGAAUUCCUUGGUCGGACGUGGGUGUACAUGAGCAGAUAAACUGACUGCAUUUAUGCCCCCAAUAAAUGUAGACGAAAUAAGUAUGUGAACACCACA